UCUACAUUUACUUCCACAAGAAAGAAAUGAACAUCAAAUUCCUUGCUUCACUUAGGAGGCAAAAAAUUGUAAAUGCAAAUGCAAAAGCCAUUAUCUUUGAUGCCUUGCUUCCCUAAUUAUUCUACAUCUACUCCUACGAGUUUCUUAUAUGAGCCAUAUUUCUUUCAUUCGGUGUUCUGCAACAUCAUAUCCUAACAAAACAUGACUUUUGCCUGUGUCACCCGUUGCAGAAACGCGCCUGAUUUUUCUCAUUUCAACCCAACUACUCUCACCCAUGCAGGCCAUUUAAUCAGCCGAACAAACCUAAUUAUACCUAAAAGGAACGAUGUUGUGUUCAACCUUUCCGGGCUGAAAAACGUGAAAACAUGUAUCAACCGCCGGAAGAAGUCUGAGAUGAUUCCAAGAUUGGCAGCGGACUCGGAAGCCGAUAUUGAAGGUCAUUCCUUGUCAGAUGUCAUCCACGGAUUUUACACAUGCAUCAAUAAAAAUGACAGGAAAGGGUUAGAAGAUCUGAUCUACAGAAACUGUAUACUCGAAGAUUCCUCUUUCCCCUACGUUAUCCAAGGGAAGAAGGACGUUAUAAACUUGUUUAUUCAACUUGCAGAAUCCAUGGGUGAGAACGUGGAGUUCAAACUAGGAACACUAUGCGAAGGAGAUGAGCUUACAGCUUCCGUAAACUGGCAUCUGGAGUGGAUGGAUGACCAAAUCCCUUUCUCAAGAGGAUGCAGCAUUUUCCAGUGUACAAAUGAAGGUGAAAAGCUUGUUAUAAGGAAAGCUCAGAUUAUAACGGAAUCACCCAUAAAACCGGGUAUAUUUGCCAUGGCCCUGCUUAAGAUGGUAACAUCAUUUUUCAACGACUUUCCUAGCGUUGCGAAAUGGAUUUUAAGAAGUCCACACACCAUACUCCAAGCAAUGUUGAAUAUGUAUGGCCUUUUCUUAGCUCCUAUUAUCAAUCCUGUUCUUACAUUCUACAUUACCCUAUGGAAAUUUAUUGCUCGGAUACUUGGAUACGUUAUAAGUUUCCUGCACGUAAUUGGGAAAUAUUUCAACAAAAAGUCCUCAACUGAUGACAACGAUAGCAAUACCUCAAGCUUGAAAAUCGACCAAGGACCUAGUAGUUUGCCUUGACAAAGUCAUGAAUCAUUGUUGCUGUCCUGCUUCAACCAAGGAUUCAUAAGGGUGAGGGCGACAA